AUGUCCACAAACAAGCAUGAUGUUAAGAAUGAUUCAGAUGAUGAUUUGGGUGAUGAUUUCGAUUAUGAACUGACUCCACAAGAUGAUGUUGAUUCGUUGAAUUUUACUAGCAAGAGUGAACAAGAUUGUGGUGUAAAAAGAAUAACAAAUUUAAUGGUAGAGGAUAUUUGGAACUUGGAGUUUAGGACAGAGGAUGAUGCUUGCCAAUUUUAUAAUGCUUAUGCUUGUUGGCAUGGCUUCGUAAUGAGGAAGGAUGACGUCGUGAGGGCUAAGGAAGGUAAAAUCAUUUGCAGAAAACUUGUCUGCAAUAAGGAGGGUUGGAGGAACAUGAGGUAUAUUGAUUUGGAUAAUAGAUCAAGGGAGGCAAGGUCACUCACGCGAACCAAGUGUCCAGCUCGGCUCAAGGUAAAGGUUGACUACGGCUGUGGUAGAUUGAAGGUAUCAUGUUUUGUGGAAUCUCACAACCACGAUUUGACGCCCCCCCAAUUUGCGCAUCUUGUUCCAGCCAAUUGUCGUCUCACUGUUACUGAUAAAGUUCAAGUGAAAAAUCUUCAUAAUUUUGGUGUCAAGACGUGCCAUAUUAUGGGAUAUAUUGCGUUCCAAAAGGGUGGAUAUCAUCAUGCUGGCUUCACACGCAAAGAUUUGUACAACCACAUUGAUCGGUAUUAUAGAUCAAAAGUAAAGAACGGGGAUGCCAAUGCGGCAAUAAACUAUUUGAUUGAGAAGGCAAACAACGAUCCGCUGUUCUUUGAAAAGUAUACGUUCACCAGUGACCAAAGGCUGGAGCAUAUAUUUUGGGCAAAUGGGCAAUUAAUUGUCGACUAUCACUGCUUUGGAGAUAUUGUUGCCUUUGAUUCAACGUACAAGAAGAAUAAAUACAACAAACCUUUGGUCAUUUUCUCUGGAUGCAAUAAUCAUGGGCAGACUGUUAUUUUCGGCUCCGGUCUACUUUCAGACGAGACGACAGACACGUAUAAGUGGUUCUUGAAAACGUUUGCCAAAGCGAUGGGUGGGAAGCGUCCUAAAGCAAUAAUAACCGAUGGAGAUCUUGCAAUGCAAGAUGCAAUCAAGUUCUUCCCGAUGCACCCAUCGGUUAUGCGGGUGGCAUCUUCAGAGAAAUGCAUGUGA